UGGUGUGUGCAGGUUACAUUUGAGAGGAAGCGGUAGCCUCUCAAAAUGCUUCCAAAAACUACAUUCAUCCUUUCAAAGAAAGAUCAGAACUAGAACUGCUUUUACGAAGACCAAUGUACUCAAAAAUAAAGAUGAAAUCGAUAAACCAACAAAUCACCUCCCUUACAGAGACAUACCAGCUAACAGAAGAGAACGUCUGUCUGCGCUUCCUGGUCUGCUCGCUGCUGAACGACAUAGCUGCUGCAUAUUUCCCAGAAUGCACCAUUCGGCCCUUUGGCUCCUCCGUGAACGGCUUCGGGAAGCUGGGCUGUGAUCUAGACAUGUUUCUGGACCUGGACGGCAUCAGUGGAAGGAAUCUGAAGCCAAAAGCAGGGAUGUCUUUGGAGUACCAGACAAAGAGGUAUGCGUCUGAGCGGGCAGUGACCCAGAGUAUCCUGUCUGUGAUUGGGGAGAGUGUAGACCAGUUUGGGCCCGGCUGUGUCGGGGUGCAGAAGAUCCUCAACGCUCGCUGUCCCCUGGUCCACUUCACCCACCAACCAUCAGCGUUCCAGUGUGACCUCACGGCCAACAAUAGGGUGGCGAUGAAGAGCUCGGAGUUGCUGUACCUGUAUGGACGGCUGGACCGGCGGGUGUAUUUCCUGGUAUUCAGUGUUCGGUGCUGGGCCCCCCACAGUAUCACCAGCUCUAUACCUGGAGCCUGGAUCACCAACUUCUCUCUCACUGUCAUGGUCCUGUUCUUCUUCCUGCAGAGGAGGACUGUAACUAUACUACCCACCCUGGACCACCUCAAGGAACUAGCAGGCCCUCUGGAUAAGAGUGUCAUCGAGGGAAACGACUGCACGUUUGUCAGCGACCUCACUAAAAUACAAGUGCAGGACAACACAGAGACAUUAGAGCAGUUGCUGCAGGAGUUCUUUGAGUUCUACAGAACCUUCGCAUUCAACCACAUGUCCAUAAACAUCAGAAAGGGCAGAGAGCAGAACAAACCUGAGGUGUCCCCCUUACAUAUUCAGAACCCCUUCGAGCCAGCGCUGAACGUCAGUAAGAACGUUAAUGGAAUGCAGCUGGAGCACUUUGUGGCGUUGUGUCGGGAGAGCGCCUGGAUGCUGCAGCAGCGGGAGUUCAACGUACCGCACAGCAGUGGCAGUAACAGGGCCGGUACCGGGAACAAUGCUCCCUGGGACCUGGCUGUGCUCCUCAUGCCUUCCAUCUCCCAGGCGGCCAAGGUUAAGGGUCGUAAGAAGAGGAAGAGGGAACCGGCCAGCGAGAGGAUCAAGAGCUUACUGGAGUCUCUAAAGAACAGGGAGGAGGAGAAGACGGGCAACGGUAACAACAGCAUGGGGAAGAAGAGCUAGAGAAGAAGAUUCAUUGUGUUUGAGGGGAUCAGUUUGAGACCAGGCGAGAUGCAGAAUCACUAAUCUUGAUCAGUAGUCAUUUGGGAUGCAAAAUGAUUUGUAGAUCACUCGUUCUGUGCAGUCUGCACACGGUCUUGCAGACCAUCACCACUAGAUGGAACUGGUGAGGUCUAAGUCUAUGCAACAUGCAAGCCGAGCCAAGCUGUAAUGAGCUGGCCUGGUUAGGCAUCCACUAUGGUAGCUGGAACUGUCCUGACUAAAAUAUACAAGCUGGCGCAGUACGGUUUGGAUUGGCAUGAUUCUGUGAAAUGGGGUAUAAAUGUUUCUGUGACCAGAUGCUCUUGAUAAGAAAGGACUUAUGUACUCUCCAUGCCGACCGUUGCAAAUAAUGUACGAAAAGAAGAUAUGAACUUAUAGCAUCUGACUAUACAUCUUUUUGUUUGUUUACAUUAUAUCAAAUGUUUUCAGAUUUUUUUAUUUAAUCAGUGUCACAAAAUGGACUUUUAUAACAAAAUGAAAACACUGUGUGGUGGAUAAUGAACAGUCUGACAAUGUUAUUUCUAGAUUCAACUUUUACCGUCAACCUUCCAAAAACAACGAUGCAACCUUCCUAGCUUGUUAGUCAAUCCAUAUUGAAACAGUCCAUACCGUUGCUCAUCAAGUCAGUGGUCUGGAGGAGAGAGGAGCCAGCAGUGUGGUUAGUCUGUAAAAUAGAUGGACCUCUUCCCAGCUACUGGUUGAGCUAACGUCAAAUAUUUGGAUAGAGGCACAUUCCAUUUUAAACACAAGUCUUUAGUUUUCUCGGGGGAGACUGAAAGAAAGAGACAGGGCCUUAACUUUGUUUCCAGAAUCUGCUCAUAAUGCUUGAUUGCCAAUUUGGAAGUAGGCAUUUCCAACCCAAACCUUAAUGAUAAGCUCGGCGAACACAAGGUCAAGAUAUUUUAUCAAAACUUCUUGCCACCUAAAUACUCUCUGUGAAUGAACCCUACCACUGAAUAGUUUGCCUUUAGGGAGAAGGAAUGUCUGCCUUUUCCAGUUAUUGUAAGUUUCUGCUCAUUUGCAAUUCUUCAAACCAUAAGGUACUACUAUAGGGCUUUCCGCUCGUGCUUGUAUGUAUGUGUGUUAGUGUGUGUUUGAGGGAGCAAGAAUUUAGCUGUGUUUGAGAGAGUGAGUGAGUGUUUGUGUGUUUGAGAGAGCGACAGAAUAUGCGUGUGUGUGUGAGUGGCGUAGCAGUGAGUGUCCCAGGAGACAGUGGUUCAGGAGCAGGAGUGUGCGGUGGCCCCACAGCUGUUUUUCCACUCUGUGCAGCAUGAGGUCAGGGGGUGAAGGGAUCCAGUUUGAAGAGUUCCUCCUCUGCCACGGGGGCACAGCAGCGGGAAGGAGAGGAGCGCCCGUUGCCGCCUCAAAAAUAUACAUUACACACAGAGUACAGGAUGGCUUAGAAUUUUUAUUCUCUCCCCUUCCCUCCUCUCUGAGUAACUUUAGGUUUAGAGAGAGAUUGUGUGUCAGAGGUUUGUUCAGGAGGGUGCAACUGUACAGAACGCUCCAAAAU